UUGACGCAAACCGAAGAAGAAUAGGUGUUCCUCUUUGAAAACAGCCUGAUACAAAGUUAACACACUCCCCCACAUUUCUCCUCCUCCGUUUCUCAGCACGUCCACCACACCAGGAAGUCAGAGUCGGCGUGGACCCAGAUGUUACUAAAAUGAAACGGAAAAGCAAAGUACUGAAUGAUGAAAAAUUCACCAAGAAACGUAGAUUGGAAGCGGUUAAAGAGGAAGAAGAUGGCAGAGAGGAUCAUGGGACAUCAUUUAAUGACCACUCCACCUCUCCCUCGGGUUUGGGAGAUAUUGGAGUUAUCGAAAGCAUCACCAUAAAGAAUUUCAUGUGUCACCAUUUGCUCGGUCCAUUCCAGUUCGGGCCCAAUGUGAACUUCAUUGUUGGCAACAAUGGAAGUGGGAAAAGUGCCAUACUGACUGCUCUAAUAGUGGGCCUUGGUGGAAAGGCCACCAUCACAAACAGAGGAGCAUCUUUGAAGGGUUUUGUGAAAAAUGGUGAAAGCACAGCGGAUGUUACAGUGAAACUGAGGAACAGAGGACCAGACGCGUACAAAGGGGAUGUCUACGGAGAAUGCAUUUCUAUUGAACAAAGGAUUUCUAGUGAUGGUGUUCGGACGUGCAGGUUGAAGAGUAAAACAGGGCACUUGGUUUCAAAUAAAAAGGAUGAAUUGACUGCAAUUUUGGAUCACUUCAACAUCCAGGUGGAUAACCCAGUCUCAAUUCUUAACCAAGAAAUGAGUAAGCAAUUUCUCCAUUCAAAAAGCGAAGGAGAUAAGUAUAAGUUCUUCAUGAAAGCGACUCUACUGGAGCAGAUGAAGAGAGACUACAUCCACAUCAAACAGACUAAAGCAGUGACCAGAGAACAGGUUGAGAGGCAAGAAGAGUGUCUAAAGGAUCUCAAGCAGGAGUUUUUGCAAAAGAAAGAGAGGUACGAAAACCUGUCAUCUGUUGGUAAGAUGAAGGAGACUCUGGAGGAACUGAAGAAGAUGAUGGCAUGGGGCUUGGUGAGAGAAAAAGAGCGGUUGGUCCAACAGCUACAGGAACAGAUAGACGCAGAGGAAAGUAAUCACAAACACGAAGAAAACCUUCAACUCUGUCAGAAUAAAGUGACAGUAGCUGAAAAGAAAUUGCAGGAGAUCCAGAGCAGGCUUCACAGUCGGAAAGAAGAGGAGGAGUCACUGUCAGAGGACUGUCGGAAGAUAAAGGAAGAAGUCAAGUCAAAGAAUAAAGCUCAGAAAGAGCAGGAGGUGGUGUAUUUCCGUGCUGUGAACAAACUGAAGCAAUCAGAGAAGGAACAGUCCCUUCUUCACGAGAGAAUUCACAAAGUGAAAAAUAUUGGGAGUCAGAACAAGAAGGCCGAGGCAGAGCACACCAAGAGACUGCAGAAGAUCUCCAGUCUGAGGGCGCUGUUGGAGAAGCAUGAGACGCAGUGCACUGCUCUGAAUCAGGAGAUCAAGGACAGGCAACAGGCUCUGUUCAAAGGGAAGGAGGAGUUGGACAAACUACGGUUGGAAGAAAAGAAUAUUCAGGUGUCGAUGGAAGCCAAACUGAAGAGGAAGAACCAGCUCCUGGCCAGUAGAUCCAACAAACUUAAGCGCUUUGGAGAUAACAUGCCUGACCUGCUAGACAACAUAGACAAGGCUUACAUCCAAGGACGUUUUACCAAGAAACCUCUUGGCCCUAUAGGGGCAUGUAUAAACCUGAAGGACCCUGCCUUAGCUGUAGCAGUGGAGAGCUGUUUGAGGAGCUUCAUGAAGACCUUCUGCUGUGACAACUACAAGGACGAGGCUGUCCUCCAGGAUCUGAUGUCACGCUACUUCUCUAAAGGCAACAGACCCCAGAUCAUCGUCAGCCCCUUCUCUGGCUCCGUCUACAAGGUUCAAGGACGUGGAGUCAAUCACCCAGACUACCCCUCAGUACUGGACUCUCUGAGCAUAGCCAACCCAGUCAUCGCAAACUGCCUCAUCGACAUGAGAGGCAUAGAAUCCAUUCUCAUAAUCAAGGAGAAGAAUGCAGCCAGGAGAGUGAUGCAACAAGGCCGACCCCCGAGGAACUGUCGUGAGGCCUUCACUGUGGAGGGAGACCAGGUGUACCCUAACCGGUACUACACACCAGACUUCAGCAUGGCCAAAUACCUUGGGGGAGAUCUGGAAACAGAAAUUCGCAUGGUGGAGUCAGAGCUGGAGAACUACAAGGCCCAGCUCUCCCGGUUUCAGCUUCACCUGAGCUCAGUCAAUGACGACAUCCAGCGCAUGGAGGCCAAACUACACAGCACAAUCAUGACUCUGAAAAAGACUCUGGCCACAGUGAAUCAGGUCAAGGCCGGUGUGACCGAGCUGGAGAAUGUUGAGGAGGAACAGACUGAUGACAUCAGCACUUUGGAAGAAGUGGCUCAAGAGAACCAGCAGAGAAUCGACGGUGAGAAGAAAACUGUGGAGGAAGCGAAGGAGGAGCUGGAGGAGCAUAAGAGAACUGCCAAGGAAGUUGAUUGCCAGUAUGUUGACGUGAGGAACAGGAUAGAACAGCUGGCUGAGGAGACAGAGCCACUGAAGGAGGAACAGGGUAAGGCUGAAGCACAGUGUAGUAAACUGGAACGAAGCCUGAAGAUCUUAGAGAAGAAACUCAAGGAUCAUCAGGACAACAUGCAGGCUAUGAGAAGUGAUCUGGCUCUGAAAGAAGAGGAGGUCACAGAAUUUGUGGCCAAAGCCAAAGAGAUCAGCCCAGAGCGCCAACAGGUAGAUCGCAGCGCCAGGAGUAUUGAUGUGGAGAUCACGAGGUUACGGAGGAAGAUCAGCGUUCAGGAGAGUAGCCAUGGAGACCACGAGCAGGUGGUUAGAGAGUAUGCAGAGGCCCUGGCUAACUACAGGGACAAAUCAAACCAAGUGAGAGAUCUGAAGAAGUUCAUAGAUCGUCUUGACAACAUAAUGUCCGACAGGCAGACCCGGUACAAAAUAAUGCGCAGGUCCCUCUCUGUGAGAUGCAAGUUAUACUUUAAUAAUUUCCUGAUAAAGAUGAAUUGCUGCGGGUCCAUGAUGUUUGAUCACAACAGUGAGACGCUGUCCAUCUCGGUGAAGCCGCCAGGCCGUGAGAACGACAGUAUGAGUGACAUGCGGUCUCUGUCUGGAGGAGAGAGAUCCUUCUCUACAGUGUGUUUUAUCCUCUCCCUCUGGGAGAUCACUGAGUCCCCCUUCAGGUGCCUGGACGAGUUUGACGUCUACAUGGACAUGCACAAUCGUCGUAUCUCACUGGAUCUCCUCCUGGAGCUGUCAGAACGGCAGCACCUUCGUCAGUUCUUCUUCAUCACCCCCCUAUCUACCAGCAAUUUGCCAAAAAGUGACCACAUCAAGAUACACCAGCUGCAGGAUCCAGAGAGGACAGGAGGACAUACAGGAGAUGAAGACCUGGGGUAGAUGAUAGAUGUCAGUGCUGGGGUCAAUUUGGUUAGUAAACCAAAUUCCAAUUUGUACUUCCUGAAUUUACUGGAAUUGAAAUGGAGUUGACCCCAACCCUGAUAGAUGGUGGAUUAGGCCAUCGUCAUGCCGAACAAGCCAUUCGAACACAUUCUAUACAUUUUUGCUUGGAGUGAAUACGUAAGUCUCUCUGGGAGACUUAAGACUCUGCUUUAUUGUUGUGCGCCAUGCAGACGGAUGAAUUAUGAAGAAUUCCCCUUAUGACCCAGUAUGUAGGCCUGUAUACUUUCAUAGUGGCUGAGUGGAUACAUCUUUGUUGUAUUGUCAACACCGUUACUUUCACAUAUCUCUAUGCAUAUUUCACAUUUUCUACAUAUUAAAGCUGCAAUAUGUAUCUUUUUGAGUGUGACCCAACCAAAUUUGCUUAGAAAUGUGUGUUUUGGUUCUCGUUGAAAGCAAGUCUAAGAAGUGGCAGAUCUGUUCUAUGUGCGCUAUGUCUAUGCUUCCCGUUCUUAAGUUUUGUCUCUCUUACUUUCGGUUUUGUACACAAGCUUCAAAUAGCUGAAAAUACAAUAUUUUUGUUUAUGGAAAAUAUAUUUCACAGCUGUUUAGAUGGUACAAUGAUUCUCUACACUAUACUUGCUUGUUUUGUCACAUAAACUGAAAUUAGUCGACUAUUCAAAUUUUAGCAACCAGGAAAUGGAGAGCGAUUUUUGCAUAGUGCAUCUUUAAUUGCUUGUAAUUUAAAUUCUGUAAAUUUGGUUUUGGCUGAUUUGUUGAUUUACUUUUUUCAGCUUACUGUAUGUGUACACUAGAUGUAGAUAUCUUUUGACUUUGAUUACAGUUAGUAAGACACUGUAUAAUUUUGAUACAUUGGGAAUUAUGUUUUGUUUCAUUCCUUGUUCAUAAACAAUUUGCCCGACCCUGCUAUUGAUUAAACUGUAAUAUGUUUAGGUUACUGUAUUUGGUUUAAAAAAUAUUUGAAUGCUGAUGAUGUGCUUUAAACUACUGUCAACUGAAAGAUGUUUUACGCAUCCAAUUUUUCUAACCUAAUUUAUAUGUUAAUUCUUGUUACAUUGUUACAAUAAAAUGGAUUAACAAAUAUUAGCUGAUCCAACUGUCAUUGGUUGUAAUACAUCAUAUUACAGACAUUGGGGGAAAAUAAACACAUGGAAAUACCUGUAUCUUAAAUUAGAGAAUCUUGAAAAGCCAAUAAUUCACCUCGGAACAACAAAAUGCAUAUGUUUGGAACCUAACAGGUUGCUAAACAGCAUAAUUUUUUGUUUCAAUGUUGGAUAAGCAAGCAAGAAAAUAUGUACCAUUUCUUGAUUGCCUGGAUAAUAAAUAGAAUCACACUUACCAGACCAUGCCUUUUGUAAAAGCCCAUAGAUGUUUAUUUGAUUGACUUUCUUUAGUACUACAUAAAGAAUGGAACCAUUUUGGGUGCAACACAUGCAACAUGCAUACAAAGAACCAAGGUAACAAAAUACACAUAUUUUUUUUUUUAUUGGAUUUUUAAAAUUUAGUAUAAACAUUUACUUGACAAAGAUUGUUGCCAUGGAGUUAGGAUCACCCUGAUGUAGUAAUAAUAUAGACUAAUGAUAAUAAACAGCUAUGAGCAUUCAAGUCCACAUGAUGCUGUAUCCAGAACUAUGGGAAAACGGGGCCAGAUUCCAUUGGUACAGUAAGUGGACUGUCUGCCAGUACAUGCCUGCAUAGCUUCCAAGUGGUAAAUCAGUCUGGUUAUGUUCAAUCAAUCCAUAUAGGUGUACAUUUGAUACAGGACUACAACCUUUCGUUUCAGAAGCUAUGUUUUCAUCCUAGCACCCGUAUCUCGUGUAGGAUUCGGCAUCUUUUAAAGACCAUUGUAAACGUAGAUUGAGAUUAGAAGAUGAAACCUUUUGAUAAUUUUAAAAAUGUUUUAAUAUAAAAGUACCGUUGGUAGUAAUGCAGUAUGUCCGGUUCAACUCAUGUAAGGCUUUUCUGCUCUGGAAAUAAGCGCUUCAUUUAUACAAGCUCCAGACGCCAUGCUCUGUGUUACGGUAAACAUAGCGAUAUGUAUGACGUAACUUUGUAUUGUAAAUAGUGGGCAAACGUACAGGCUGAGAAAUCCAACCUAUUAGGAUGUUAUGGUGUAUAAUGUAUCCAGCAAUGCUAAGAGUGAUGGGUGACUGGUAUUGAAGAUAGAUUAUUAUUGGCCUGGUGAUUGAUUGAUUGAUUGAUUGAUUGAUAGCAACAGAAUAAUAUAAUGGAUAACCACUGGGCACAGACAUCAGUUCAACGUCUAGUUUUGAUUUACAUUUGGUUGAGUUGUCAACUAACGUGAAAUCAACAACAAAUGUCACCAUGUCAUUGGAUUUGGGUUCAAAGUUGGGUAAAAAAAAAAAAAAUUUGAUUAUCUUUUUUUUUUAUGUGGAAAUAACAUUGAUUCAACCAGUUUCUGCCCAGUGGGUAGUAUAUUAGCAGCAGAUUUAUUCUCUAGUUUUUCCAAUUACUGCUGUGCUUUAAUUCACUAUUACAUUUUCAGAUACAUCUUCUGUAUGUGUGAGAGGUUACAACCAGGGCCCAUAUUAUCUGUCGUUCAAGAACCCAAGUGUCACAUUAAUUCCACAUGUAUACGUUAUUAAAUAUGAGGGCAACAGCCGCCCACAGAAGGUUAAUCAUGUAAUGGUCGGUGAAUCACUACUGUACAUCCCAUGCAACAAUACCAAACGCUUUUCGUGGGGGGGGGGGGGGGGGGUUCUCCUUGAAUACCCCGCUUGCAGACGCAACAAUUUAACAAGAGGUUCGAGUAUAGAGUCUGAACACAAAACACAUGCAUUUAAAUAUUAGAACCUACACAUCAGUUCCAGUCAGUCUGAACAGAACACCUUAUCUGGAAAGGACAAGGAUCUCCUCUAUUUUUCCAAGAGCUCAAGAAGUUUGGGUAUUAAUAGAGACAAGUUACAAUGAUGAUAGGAAUGAUUGUUCAUUACCAGCAUGUUAAGCAUUAGCAUUAGCAGCUAGCUGCAGCAGUGGACAUGGAUCAUCUAAAUACUGCAGGAACAGAAUCAUUCAAUGUAUAGCGCUUCACUGAUAUACAAGCUAGCCUAAAAGUGAAUGGGUAAGUGGAAUAGGAUUACUUGUGCACAAUUCACAUUGGCAGGUCAGGUUCGAUAAAAUAUAAAUGUAUCAUGAUACUGUGUAAUGUAAUAUAUUAAAAAUUAUUCCGCUAUUUGACAUUCUCAUGCAUACAAC